CAUGGCUCGCGCCAAGGGCGCAGCGAUUUCCGCGGAAUUUCGCGUCGGGGAGAACACGCGAGUACGAUCGCCCGUCGCGACGCCCGGCACUUACGGCCUGCGGUCUGCGUCGUCGUGUAGCUGGGGGCCGGCGUAAUGUCCGAGGACUAUCAGCACGCCUGCGAAAGGGCGGAAUUGCUGGGCUUGCCGAGGCCCAGCGAGGAGGAGUGGAGGCAGUCGCUGGCGGCGCAGACCGAGAAUCGUCGCGACGACGACGGCGACGACGACGAUGGCGCAUUACAGGACUUGGAUUACGCGGACGAGUCGACCAAGCGCAUCGGCGGCGGUCUGGAUGAGCUCAACACCAUUCUGAGCACCACGCAGAAGAAGCUCAACAGAUUCAAGACAGUCUGCGGUAGUCUGGGAACGUUGCUCAAGGUGAAGGUGCACUCCCGCGGCGGAACGCCGCGUCACAAGCCCGAGGAGCCGAACCCCGACGAGGGCAGGCAGGAGAAGCCGGAAGCCGAGGAGGUGAUGACGGUGGAGACGUCGGAUGACGCUGCCGCGGAUCAGCCCGCGGAUCAGCCCGCGAACAGCAGCGUCCAGCCGAAGCAGCUCGAUCUCGGCCAGAAAAUGGGAUCCCACCUGGACAAGCUGGACUCGCUAAUCACCAAGGCCGAGAACGCUCAAUACAGUAUGCAGCAUCAAACGAAGCAAAUGAAAAAGUUCCUUAAAUAAUCAGCAAUAAACGAAACGAGUCGCUAAUUAACGAAUUAACCGGCUGGACGAGGAAAAUUCCCGACUAAAUUAACCGUAUCUUCCAUUUCGAAUGAAAAUUCGUACGAGAGAGUAUUUUGCAGAAUACACCGCGCGCGUUAAUUAUAAUUACAAUCCCGGGGUGUUUCUUGGCUUUGACCGAUAAAUUUUACAUUCUCGUAGAUGUGCGUAGUUGCGUAAGAAAAAAAAAAAGACACGAUAAGCGAUUUCGCAAGCAAGCCAGCGCGUGUAGCAAGUCGUAUAAACUUAAAUUGUUACAUUGCACAUAUAAAGUUUAAUUGUUGCAUCGAAUACCUUUCUCGCGGUAUAUUUAUCAGAAUCGCGAGGAGAAUCUUGUGAGUAAGUGUUAUCGAUUCUUUUAUAUGUCGCGCGACGCUCCCUUUGUCGCGAGAAGCCCACUAUUGUUACGAUAAUACGUGUAUUGUCAAAUGUAUGUAUAUAUAUAUAUAUAUAUAUUUAUAUAUAUAGCAAAACUGUAUGUUAUUUAAUUUUAAAUGGCACUCUGUAAAAUAUCUAAUAAUAAUUUUAUCUAUAUAUAUACAUAUAUAUACGGAUAUUGUUGACGAAUGUACUGUAUUGUUAUAUAGACGAGUAUAUAUUUCCGGUAAUUGAGGCUUUAUGCUUGGAUCCUUGACAAUACCGACAUAUCAGGUGUAAGAGAUACGGAAAGGCAUGUUGGCAAAUCGCGAGCCAGUGAUGAGCUUUCCUAUUCUGCAAAUGUGAUAUUGUUUUACAUCGAUUUAGGGAUUGUAUUAUGACUUCCUACGAUCUAUAUAUAUUUUAUUAUCGAAUAGUUUGCGCUCUGUCUCUCUCUAAGUCUAAGUUGUGACUGCCGCAUACUGACACAAAUAAACGACGGGUGUAGCUUGCCUUAACCCUCCCUAAGUUCGGCGACACUUCUUUUUUUCUUUUGUGAAAAUAUUUUCGUAAUAGAAAUUGAUAAAAAAAAACAAACUUAAAAUUUACUUUACAUUUAAAAAAAAUAGGCAACAGAGCUCCGUGACGGUACAAUCACUGAAUUUAUUAUAAAGAGAAGUAAAUUGUCUACGAUGUAUCACUCUCAAAUAAUAUUAAUCACGAACA